AUCGCUCUCGCGGAACUUUGACGUCAUCCGCCUGUCGGUUCUUGAGGCGCUGCACGAAGUCGAACAAGCCUAAUGACUUGUUGUCCAGGCUACGCUUGAAAACAAUGCUGUGACGGUGCAUUUCCGGUGUGUGGGAGAAAACGCAUCAAAGCGGGAAAUGUCAGAUUUAGCUAAAGAGAAGGCCGCCCGUUUGCUGAAGAAGCGUGGAAGUGUGUCUUCCUUUGGCAGUCAUGAAGUCAGAGCUAUUGGCAAAACCAAAGAUUCUGUCAGCACUGUGUCCUACAUUGAUGAGCCUGGUCACCAUGAUGAUCUAUCACGACCAGCAGUGCUAAUGGACAACACAUAUCAGCUCACACCAUCACGGCGUUUCCCAGUGUUAACAGUUAAUGACAUUUUGAAGGAUGUAUUGACCAGUUAUCUACAGGAGGAAAAAUAUGAAGCCGAACUGUGCAGGCAAAUGACCAAAACAAUCUCUGAGGUUGUCAAAGCCAGAGUGAAAGACCUGAUGAUUCCCCGCUAUAAGAUCAUAGUAAUCAUUAACAUUGGUCAGAUCAGAGAUCAGAGCAUACGCAUGGGGAGUCGAUGUUUGUGGGAUGCAGCGCAUGAUACUUUCUCCUCACACAGUUUCAAAAACAGCUCGCUCUUUGCCAGUGCUAAUGUCUUUGGCGUCUACUUUGAAUAAUACAGUAUUUUCACAUCAUUGAAUGUGAACUGUCACAUCAUUUUGAAUGCUGCUGUUUCAGUGGCCUUUAAAAUGAAGUUUCAGAGUUACAUAUGUAUUCAAUACAAGUCUCAUGUUUAUAUGUACGCAUAAUAAUUCAUCUUUCUUUAAAGUUAAUAAACCACUUAUUUUGUUGCACCUAUUAAA